GCUCAGGUUCACGUAUAAGUCGUGGGGUGCGAAGAUAUAAGCUUUCAAAGCCAACCAGCCUAUCUCUUUUUCUCGCCGACUCUCUCCUGUAUAUCUCAGCUUAUCUUUUCGACUGCGUGCUCGCUGAUUCUCUGGCGAAUUUACGUUCAGUAAGUUAUUUGUUGCUAGUCCAGCAUAUCCAACAAUCCUGUUUGUCAGCAGUUAUCAACACCAAGCAUGCAAAUGGGUCAGUUGGAACCCAUUCUGAGCAAAGUGGACUCAUCAGUGCAAGAGAUGCAAAUGGGGCUGAUGGGAUCUGUAUCUAAUGUUCCUGCAGCUCAUCCGCAUUCACUGUCUAACAAGCCAGUGGGAUUAAUGGAUCCCUUUUCCAGCAAUCCUGGGUUUCCUAGGUUUUCAAUGUCAAACGUACAAACAGUUGGUGGAGAAUCGAAGGCAAAUAGUCUGGGCUUCCAACAGUUAAAACCAAAUGGGCAAAUAGGAUUGAUGGAAACCAUGCCAAACAAUGCAGGUUUCCAGCAGUUGUCUGCAUCAAUUAAGCGAAAGGCACCAGUGGAACCUGUUUAUAAUAAUACUGCUUUGCAGCAGUUAUCACUUCCUAACAAACGUAUAGCACAGUUGGAGCAUAGACCUUGGCUGCAGCAAGUAUCUGGACCAAAUAAAAAAUCUGUCCAGAUGCAAUACAUGUCCGCCACUCCUGGAUCACAAACACAAAUUAAGAAAGUGGCAUCCAGUAAAUCUGGUUCACAGCGUUCUGCUAUUCCAAAAAAUCAAAUGGCAGCAGGACAACCAUCUCCAAAGGUUCAAACUGAGUCUUCCGAGUCUGUUAGAUCCAAGAUGAGAGAAUCACUAGCUGGUGCCCUAACAUUGGUUUCUCAGCAGAAAGCCAAAUCUUCAAGUCCAGAGAAGCAUUCUCAGAGUGACAUUGCAAGUGCGUCAGGGCAGAUUGAGAAGACUUCUCACCCAGCUGAAUCUCUCUCCAAUGCUGCUGAUGCUCCUGAUGGUGUAUCUAUAGAGCCUAAAUCGACUUUCCCCUACCAAAGAAACAAGAAUGGUGGAAGUGAGUCUGUUGGGAUUUUGGCUAGUGAGAAUCCUGGUGAUUCUACCCAGGCCCUGCAAUCUGAUGGGCAAGAAUUCCAUUCAAGUUAUGUUUUGCCUGAUGAAGAUGUUUCUUUUAGUAAUGACUUCUUCGUCAGAGAUGAACUUUUACAGGGAAAUGGGCUCUCCUGGGUAUUGGAGUCGGAUAUGCAGGUGGCAGAAAAAAGGGAAAUUCAUACUGCCAAAGAAUUGGAGCACGAUGAACUGGGUAGAGUUCCCAAUGAAGAAGCCAUUCAAACUCCACAAAUGGUGGCAUUUAAAAUUGAAGCAGAACUCUUCAAAUUAUUUGGUGGUGUGAAUAAGAAGUAUAAAGAGAAGGGAAGGUCUCUUUUGUUCAAUUUGAAAGAUCGCAAUAAUCCUGAACUGAGAGAGAGAGUCAUGUCUGGGAAUAUUCCCCCAGAACGGCUAUGUUCUAUGACUGCAGAGGAACUCGCUUCUGAGGAGCUUUCCCAAUGGCGGAUAGCGAAGGCAGAAGAGUUUGCCCAAAUGGUUGUCUUGCCGGAUGCAGAAGUUGAUAUUAGACGUUUGGUGAGGAAAACACACAAGGGUGAAUUUCAAGUAGAACUUGAACAAGAUGAUGGUGUUUCAAUGGAUGUUUCUGUUGGGGCUAGUUCACUCACACGAAGAGAAUCCAAUAUCAAGGAGGCGGAGGUACCUUACCCUUCUAAACAUGAUAGAACCAAGGAUGAAGGGGAUGCUUCCGGUGAAAAGAGUAAUUUAGAUGACCGGGACACCUCAUAUACGCUUACUAUUCCUUCCAGUGAUGGUACUGAUUUAAUGCAGGGGCUAAUGGUUGAUGAUAUGAAGGAUGCAGAUUUUUUACCCCCUAUUGUAUCUCUAGAUGAGUUUAUGGAAUCACUUGACUCAGAGCCACCAUUUGAAAAUUUACCAGUGGGUGAUGGAAAGAAGACCCCCAUUCCAGACAAGGAUGAGUCAGAGCCAAGAUCUGCAUCAAAGUCAUCUGAGCCUACUCCAAAAGAAGAUAUGGCCACAGAUGAACCCGCAAAAUCUGAUGUAACAUACUCAAAAACCGAUGCUGAUCAGAAAUGCAAUGAAGAUGAUGGUGGUGUGAAAUCCAGUGAUGGUCAUGAUGACAUGAAACCAAGUGAUUGUCAGACUGAUGUGAAAUAUAAUGAGAGUAAUACUGGUGCUGAUGUAAAUUCCAGUGUCAGUCAUGCUGAAGUGAAAUCCAGUGAAAGCUAUUCUGAUUGCAGACCCGGUGACAACCGUGCAAAAUCAGAAAUUGUACCUCCUGCUGGUGUAUCAACAGGUGCUCAUGUCUGGGAAGGUUCACUCCAGCUGAGCACGUCAGCUGUGGCCUCUGUUGUUGGCAUCUUCAAAAGUGGUGAAAGAAUAUCUGCAAAAGAGUGGCCCAGUUCACUUGAAAUCAAGGGGAGAGUAAGACUUGAUGCGUUUGAGAAGUUUCUCCAAGAGCUUCCAUUGUCACGCAGUCGUGCUGUCAUGGUGAUGCAUUUUGUUGUUGGAAAUGGGUCUCUUGAGAGCGAGCAAGCGAGUCUUCUUGAGGUGGCAGAUUCAUACGUUUCGGAUGAGAGAGUGGGUUUUGCGGAGCCUGCGCCUGGGGUGGAACUUUACUUUUGUCCGCCACAUAAAUCAACACUUGAAAUCCUCCCAACGGAGCACGUCGAGUCACUUAAUAAAAUCGAUAAUGGCCUAAUUGGUGUUAUUGUUUGGAGAAAGGCCCAGCUAACUUCCAGGAUAUCAAUCAACUCAUCCUCACAUCAGAAACAUAAAAAGCAAAAUGUCACAUCUAGUACGAGACAGCAACAAACGAAUAUGAAUGCCAGUUUCACACCCAAAUCAAACCCCCCUCGAGGCUUAACUCCCACCAAUUUCAAACCCUCACCUGAUGAUGAAGACGACGAUGUUCCUCCUGGGUUUGGCCCCCGUGAUGAAGAUGACCUUCCUGAGUUCAAAUUUUCCGGUGGCUCGGUCCCAUCUUCGCAACACAAUUUUGUCAAAACUAGGGGGCUUGGACCGGCACCAAUUCCUUCACUUUCUCAAACCCCAUCUCGCCCUGUGGAUCAAAUCAGGGAGCUUAUACACAAGUACGGACAACCUCAGGCCGUUGGGUCUUCAGGAAACUGGCAGGACGAUAAACGUUUUGGGGUUGCGGUUCAGCCAUGGAAUGAUGACGAUGACGACAUACCGGAGUGGCAGCCACAAGCCCCUCGGCACCAACUUCCACCCCAACAGUCUAUUUACAGCUUUCAGCAACCAAUCCUGCGGCCACAUUUGGUGAACCAACCACCUUUGGGAUCAACUCCUCAACAGCCAUCGCAUGAGUCAAUGGUGGCGAUGCAGUCUCUGCAACCAUCCAUGAAUGUGACGCAGGUCCCACAAGGAACUUGGUGGGUUCCUACUGUCCAGGGGAGUGGGCAGCAACCAAGUAACUUAGCUUCUCAACCCAAUGUAGGGCAGUUUUACGGGGUGCCCGGUCGAGGUGUUGUGCAGCCAGGCGUGGCCUGGCGACAGAAUGCCCCCCAAAGUGGAGGCGUCUGAUAUUUUUUUCAUUGUAUAGUUAUGUCUCAUUUUCCCAUUUUCAAGUUAUGCGCAGUUCCAUUACGAUAGACGUUUUUCAUGGUGGCUAGCUUCGCAGUUUCUGGAGCAUGCCAAAAACCAAUUUUGCCAUGCUACAGAAAAGGGCAUAAUCAAUCAAGAUAAAGAUGUUAGUUUAGGGGAGCUGCUAGCUUUUAAGCGUUUCAUGGCGUAGGAUGAAUAAUUUUCUAAAUCCUGGAACUCUCAACAUUGCCGAACCCUUCCGGAUCACAAUUGGAACGUUUUGGAUGUUGUAUGGGCGGAGUGGCCCUAUUUGUGUGUACCAUGAUUACUUUUGUACAAUGUUGGCUUCUGGUCAUUAAAUACUGUAGGAUUCUCGUGCGCA